ACCAAUUCAGGGCCUCUCUGGUGGCAAACAUGAGGUUAUUUGUUGUGGUCUAUUCAGCUCUUCUGCUGAGUGGAUUUUGCAGAGGGGGACCAGCCACUUUAACACCAGAGUUAGGCACUUGUUGGGUCAUUGGAAACCUCCACUACACCUUUGAUGGCCAUUACUACACCUUCAUGGGUAACUGCACCUACACCAUGGCCAAGAACUGCCAUGUGGGUGAGAACCUGCCAGCCUUUGAGGUGGAGACGCAGAACAUGAACGAGGGCAGCAUACAGGUCCCAUCGGUGGGGACGGUGAUUGUCAAUGUGUACGGGAUCAACAUUGACAUAGUUCGCUCUGAACUUGGUACCGUCCGGGUGAACUACCAAAAAUGGAAUCUCCCAAUCAACUUGAACAACGGCCAAGUGAAGCUUUUCCAGGAAGGUCUGUUUGUCGUCAUUGAGACAGAUUUUGGCCUGAACGUGCAGUACGACUGGAACCAGUACGUUGUCAUCACAGUGCCAGGCAGUUUUGCUGGCAGUGUGUGUGGCCUGUGUGGCAACUUCAACAACCAAGGCGAAGAUGAUCUCACGACUCCCAGUGGUUCAGUGGCCAGCAGUGUGGCUGCGCUGGGAGAAAGCUGGAGGGUUCCUGGUGCCACAGACGAUGCCUACUGCCAAGAUGAAUGUGCUGGCCAGUGUGAAAGCUGCCCUCUCAGUGAAGUUCAGAAAAUAGAAAAAGAAAUAUUUUGCGGUGCCCUUCUACAAAAUUUUGCUGAACUCCUCGGCUGUCAACCUCAAAUUGAUGCUAACAUCUUUCAGAGCAACUGCGUGCUUGACCUCUGCAGGGGCGAAGCUGUGAACACAUAUCUUUGUGACAGUCUUCAAGGGUUUGCUGACAUCUGCCAUAGGUCUGGGGUCAACGAUCCCAAUAACUGGAGGAUUUCUACUGAAUGCCCUAUACCCAUGUGCCCAGAAAACAGCCACUAUGAGUUCUGUGUGAGUGGCUGUCCUGCUACAUGUGCAAACCCAAACACUCCCACACAAUGCAAUGCCACCUGCGUGGAGACGUGUGUCUGCAAUGACGGCUUCUUGCUCAGUGGUACCAACUGCGUACCCAAGGCUCAGUGUGGCUGUGUGUACGAGGGUCGCUAUGUGGAAGCCGGAGCUUCUUUCUGGGGCGAUGAAAGCUGCACUGAACGUUACACAUGCUCUGCGGGUGGAAAUUUGUCUUUCAAUCAGACGAGCUGUCCCGCUGGGCAGCUGUGCCAAGUGGUGGACGGGCUCAUAGGUUGCUAUGAUGUCAACUACGCCACGUGUAUGGUAUCUGGUGACCCACAUUUUGUGACCUUUGACGGAGAGAGCUACAACUUCCAGGGCACUUGUGCAUAUGAGUUGGCUGGUGUUUCUAAUCAGACCAACCUGGAACAUUUUAGUGUUGUUCUACAGAAUAAUGGUCAAGAUAAGAAGAUUGGAUCUGCUGUCGAGCUGGUUGAAGUCAAUGUGAGCGGGAACACCAUUGUCAUCAGUAAAGAGUUCCCUGGCGCUGCUGUGAUCAAUGGUGAGCUCUUCAUCCUCCCUAUGGUGCUGGACAACAAUAAACUCCACCUUUACAGAAGCGGCUGGUUUGCUGUAAUAGAGACUGACUUUGGAGUGGAGGUGUAUUAUGACUGGAACAGCGUAGCAUUUGUCAUCGUUCCCAGUACGUACAUGGGUGCUAUGCAGGGUCUUUGUGGCAAUUACAACCUCAACCCCAAGGACGACAUGCAGAUGAGAGAUGGGAUACAAGCUUCCACCCCUGAGGAGCUUGGUCAAAGCUGGAAAGUCGCUACGAUCCCUGGCUGCGUAGACGGCUGCAGUGGCCCCUGCCCCGGGUGUAACACCACUCAGAGAGCAACUUACAACAGCAGCAGCUACUGUGGCCUCAUCAGUGACCCUGCAGGCCCGUUCCGUGACUGCCACUCCAAAGUUGACCCUGCAGGUUUCCUCAAUGACUGCCUGUAUGAUGUCUGUCUUUACCAGGGCAUGCAGAACAUGCAGUGCAAAACUUUGACUGCCUACACAGCUGCCUGCCAGCUGAAAGGUGCCACAGUAUACUCCUGGAGGUCAGCUCAGUUCUGCGACGCCCAGGUUCCAUCAAACAGCCAAUAUGAGCUCUGUACCAGCAGCUGCUUCAGAUCAUGUCAGACAGAUUCUGCACUGUCGAUCUGUGGUGGCCCAUGCAUGGAAGGAUUUGUUUGUGACGAGGGUUACCUUCUGAGUGGAGAUGAAUGUGUGCCUGCCGACCAGUGUGGCUGUAUAUCUGAUGACAAAUACUACCUGAAUGGACAGAUCUUCUACCCUGAUGCCCUUUGCCAGAUGGAAUGCACCUGUAACGGCACAGUGCAGUGUGAGCAGUCCUCUUGUGGUCCAUAUGAGCAGUGUGAGAUGAAUAAUUAUGUGCGAUCAUGUCAGCCUAUUGGAAAAGGGCUCUGCUCCAUCUCCGGAGAUCCACAUUACAACACUUUUGACAACGGCACCUAUAAUUUCCAAGGCACCUGCACCUAUGUGGCAGCUGAAGGCUGCAACCUGAGCGGCACACAGCUCACUGGCUUCUCUGUGGUGGUUGAGAAUGACAAGUGGUAUCGUCUGUCGGACAAUCCUCAGGUCUCGGUGGCCAAACUUGUAGCAGUCGAAGUUUACGGAACCACUUUGAUCCUUCGCAGGAAUGAAGUUAAAAUGGUUUGGAUAAAUGGGGUCCUGCGUCACCUUCCACAAAGCCUAUUCAACGGUGCGGUGAAAGUUUCCCAGGAAGGGGCAAAUGAUGUCAUUAUUACAGACUUUGGCCUGAGGGUCACGUAUGAUCUGGUCUACCACGUGACUGUCACUGUCCCUGGAAACUACAGGGGCAGAACCUGUGGUCUGUGUGGCAAUUUUAACAACAACACAGCAGAUGAGUUUCAGCUGCCAAAUGGAACCAUGACCAAGGACUUCCAGACAUUUGGAGCUGCAUGGAAAGUGCCCGUGCCUGGAGUGGUCUGUGAAGAUGGCUGCAGUGGUGACCUCUGCCCCAAAUGUAAUGUUACUGAAGAGGCUAUGUUCGAGGAAGAAUGUACAAUUAUCACCAAUCCUGAAGGUCCCUUUGCUGCUUGCCACAAUAUAAUUGAUCCCACCUCCUACUUCAGAGAUUGUGUUUAUGAUGUUUGCAUGGCUAAAGGUGAUCAAAGCAUGCUGUGUCACAGUAUUGCUGCAUAUAUGUUAGACUGUCAAGACUUUGGUGCAAAGAUUCAGACCUGGAGAAGUCCUUCUUUCUGUCCUUUUAAUUGCAGUGCUGGCAGUCACUAUGAAACCUGCACCCUGCCUUGUUCUUCUGCAUGUCCGGGUCUCCUUGACACGAUCAAAUGCACCACGACUUGCGUUGAGGGCUGUGCUUGUGAUAAAGACUACUACAACAAUGGAACCGGCUGCGUGCCCUUUGACCAGUGCAGCUGCUAUUUGAAUGGCCAGACUUACAAAAUCGGAGAGUCAAUUAUAAGUGAUGACUGUCACAGGAUUAGCACCUGCCAGGCAUCUGGAGUGGUUAUAUCUAAGAACAUGACAUGUGACCCCAAUGAGAGCUGCCUAGUCAAGAACGGCGUGAUGGGCUGCUAUAUUCAGCAGUGCAUUUUGGAUGCCAAUGGGACCUUCACUCCAUUCAGUGGUGGAGGUGGUACCAUAACAGUACCCGGAUCCUAUGAAUUUAUCCAGAACUGCAACCAGUCUCAGACAUCAGACUGGUUCAGGGUGGUGGUGACCUUGGAGACGUGCACUCCUGGUGUGAACUCAAUUUUAUCUGUGAAUGUGUUCUUUAAUGAAGUGGUGAUCACAGUCAACAAUAAACAUGGUGUCUGGAUAAAUGGAAGGGAGAUGAGCCAAACCACCUACUCCCAAAACAAUGUGGAAGUGGUGAUUUCUGACAACACAGUGAGAAUUAACAGCACUUCCAGCCUUCAGUUGUCCUUUAGUUCAACUAACGAACUCACCAUGAGUGUCAGUGACAAAGUAGCUGAUACAGUAUGUGGAGCGUGUGGGAAACCCUCUGUUUAUGGACCGACUGCCUUUGCAUCAUUGAACAUUGGGCAAUGGCUUGCUCCUGAUUUCCCCCAGUGUGGUGUGUAAGUUUCAGUCCUGCCUGCUAUUUGUCAGCUGCACUAAUCAACGUCCUUCAACACUAACCAAACUGACAGUGUCGCAGAUUCAUGAAAUUAUUUUUGUCAUAUAGAGAACUCCAUUUCCAGUGGUAUGUUUAAAUUGUUUUCACUGACUUCAGAAAAUGACAUUUAUUUUGUCAUAAAUCUAUGGUGAGUGCAGUAAAAUUUUGCAUAAUUGUACAAGAUAAAGCUUUCAGCAGUUUUGCUUGGGAAUAAGAACCACCAUAUCAGGUACCCAAAAUAAUAAUGAUAUGCAUUUUGCUGUGUUUUCAAUAAACAGUUUGUUUAUUUGAUGUUUGCCUUCUAUGCCUGUGUGAUAACCUGAUGCAUCAAGCUGCAUCAUAUGUAGUACCA